AGCCAGCACAGACCCAGCUCAGAUUUUCUCAGGUCCUACCAGAACACGUGCAAGGAUUGGCAGAGUGACAUUCUGUGGUGUGAGACCCAGCACAGGGGCAAGGAUGCAAGGAUGAAAACUCUAGUGGAAUUAGUAGCCAAAGAGACAGAAGGAGCUGAUCCAUCCUGGAGCAGCUGUACAAGUAACACAGAUGGCCCUGUUUCAUCACUGAGGGCUUUAAAGCCUGGCUGAAAAUGCUGCAGCACAAUUUUGCUCUUCACCUGUCACUUGACUGAAAAAUCACUUCUAUUCCUGUCCCAGCAAAGUGCACAGUGAAAGUGCAUUUUACAUCCUUCACACUCCUCCUGGAAGGGUUGUCACUUGUGGAGCUGGAAAGAGGCUCUUGCUUCUAAUUUUAGAAGCACUUGGUCACAAGAGUUUAAACUCUCAGAUACCAAAACAGUGACAAAAUUCAAACUCUGAGAUAUCAAAAUAUAAAGUUGGGGGCGUUAAAUUUUCUGAUUGAAUCUUUUCAACUGCUCUUCAGCGUGUUUUGUCUGAAAAUAUUCCCUCGGUUUUGCAGCCUGGCUCAGAUGUGCACAGCCUGCCUGCAGAUCCCAGGAGAGCUUUGUGCAGCACAGGUUUGGGAUGUGCACUGGGGUGACCCCACGGAGUCACUGCAGGCUCUGAAGGGAAGGAGGUGAAGCUGCAGCAGAACGUGUGAUCUGCCAAGAGGAGCCUCCCAUUGUGUCCCAGCACAAAGCAAGUUUCAUUAACAUUCUCUGGAUGAAAAAAUCAUUCUUGUAAUACUUUAAUUUCGGGCUGAAAAGCUGCAGGGAGUCGCUGCUUUUGUAAGUUUAAUGCUUCUGCAGCUUUAAUGUCAAGUACAUGCAACUUGACAGCUUUGGAAAGUUAAUGUUUAAAAGGCCUAUUUGUGUCUUCUCAAAGGAGUCUCACAAUCAGAUGAUUUUCAUCUUUAAUUGAUUAAGCAAUACUUGUUAAAUUAAUGCACCUCACAGCAGGCAGCAUCACAUAGCACUUCAAAACAUUUACCUUUGUUCAGAAUUUUAACCAAGAGGAUCUGGAUUUAACUCGUUAGGGUAAAUGUGAAAUUUGCCCUCUUGCUUUCAAAUUAGUAGCAACCACUUCUACAGCUUAUUUUGUGACACUGCAUAAGACCAGCCAUUCAUCAUGUAUUUAUUUAUUCCUAUAAGUGGAAUUUAUUCCAGCAUUUAAGAAUUAUUUGGAAUUUAAGUCAGCAGAAGGUGACAGUUUUGUUCUUCAUUCUCCUGCUCUUCCUGUGCGUCCUGAGAUUCCUGGAUGUGGAUUUCAGUUCAUUAAACUGUAGGAUCUGAAAUCCAGAGUCUCCAGAUCACCAGCAGUGUACUGGACAUGGCUGGACGUGGGAUUUAUGGCAGGAAAAUGGGCACAGCUGCUGCCCAGCUGGGACAGCUCCAAAGGGAGGAAUUUUACAGGAACACCACGGGCCAGUAACAGAAUUCUAGCAGCAGGAAUUUCUGCUCCAAUGGAUAAAGGUCUUCACUUCACAAUCUGUGUGGUUACAACCGUGCUGCUCCUGAGGGAAUCAAGCCAGGCAGGAGCUGGGAGGAAUGAUGAUGCUGUGAGUAAGGGCACAGAGUCACGGGGAGCAGGCGAGGGUCUCCCAACCCUGACUGUCACAACCAUCCUGGAGGACCCGUACGUGAUGGUGCGGGGAGCGGAGCUGGAGGGAUACUGCAUGGAGCUGCUGGCAGCCCUGGCGGGGAUGCUGCGCUUCCAGUACCGCGUCAAGGUGGUGGGGGACGGCCAGUACGGAGCUGUGGCUGCUGGGGGCAACUGGAGCGGCAUGAUCGGGGAGAUCCUCCGGAGGGAAGCUGACAUUGCAGUGGCUCCACUGACCGUCACCUCAGCCAGGGAAGAGGUGGUGUCCUUCACCACGCCCUUCCUGCAGACUGGCAUUGGGAUCUUGCUGAAAAAGGACACCACCUCCCAGGACAUGUCUUUCUUCCACUUCCUGUCUCCCUUCAGCAAGGAGACCUGGACUGCCCUUUUAUUUGCUUACCUGCUCACCUGCUUCUGCCUCUUCCUUGUCGCCAGGCUGAGCCCCUGUGAAUGGAAUGAGCCAAAGAAUGAAGAGAACCACUUCACCUUCCUGAACAGCCUCUGGUUUGGAGCAGGAGCACUGGCCCUGCAAGGUGCCACCCCCAGGCCCCAGGCACUCUCAGUGAGGGUCAUUGCUGUGGUCUGGUGGCUCUUCACCCUGGCCCUGCUGGCUGCCUACAUCGCCAACUUCACAGCCCUGCUGAGCUCCGGCAGCGAGCAGCUCCCCAUCCAGACCUUCGAGGACCUGGUCAAGCAAAGGAAUCUGGAGUUUGGGACCCUGGAGGGCUCCUCAACUUUCUACUACUUCAAGAACUCCAAGAACCCCAUCCACCAGAUGAUCUACGAGUACAUGGAGAAGAGGCGGGAGCACGUGCUGGUCAAGACGUACCAGGAGGCCGUGCAGCGCGUGAUGGACUCCAACUACGCCUUCAUCGGCGAGUCCAUCUCGCAGGACCUGGCGGCCGCGCGCCACUGCAACCUGGUCAGGGCGCCCGAGGUGAUCGGGGCGCGCGGCUUCGGCAUCGCCACGGCGCAGGCCUCCCCCUGGACCAAGCCUCUGUCCAUCGCCGUGCUCAAGCUGCGCGAGGCGGGCGACCUGGACUACCUGCGCAACAAGUGGUGGGAGAGCAGCUGCCCGCGCCAGAGCCGGGAGCGCUGGGGGCCGCUGGAGCCGCCGGCGCUGGGGGGGCUGUUCCUCACCCUGGGCAUCGGCCUCGCCCUCGGCGUCCUCGCUGCCCUGGCCGAGCUCUCCGGCAGCAGCCGCCGCGCCGCCGCGCACGCCAAGAAAUCUUGUUGCUCUGUUUUCACAGAAGAAAUCUGCUCUCGUCUAGGCAUAAAAGGAACUGCCAGACAAAGCCAGGAGACAUCAGGGAAGGCAAAUGCUUAAAGGAGCUUUUGCUGCAGGAAUAGGACCUGUGUUAGGGUUGUACCAUGUCCUAGGAGCUGUAGGAAGAUGUUUUUUUGCUAGUCUAGAGUGUUAGUUUGCUAAUUACACACACAGAGAACACUUCUGGAGUGGUGGUGGAGCUGCAAACACAAGGAAAUUAAAUGGCUUGGAAGAAUUUAAAUUGAUAAGGGGUAGAGUGGAAUUGUGACAAAUUGCUAAACUGGAGCUGAGCUGGCCAGGAUGGUGGAUCCAUGUUUGAAGUUAACCCUGUAAGUCCAUGAAGGCCUGGAGAAGGAAGUGACUAGGGACAGGUUAAUGUGAAGCCUCUGCUACUAAUUCCUGUGAGGAACAGUCGUGGAACAUUAAAGCUCUUGUCUGUCUGCUGUAAUCAGAACAGCAGCUUAAGCAUUGCAGCUAUAAACAGCCUCACCCUGCCCUGCCUGAGCAGGAGGUGCUGGGCCCUGGGAAGGCAAUUCCUGAAUCAGAGCUGAUAGUGCUGCUGUGUAACCCCAAGCCCCAUAAAGGGAACCCCUGCCACCAAGGAACCACUGGAGCUAAGAAAUGCCAGGCAGGGCUUGUCCUUUGUCCCUUCCCAUCACAGGGUAAGGGCCACUGUUGGGGGACAGAGAAUGUUUUGUUCUCUUUGUUCAAGAAUUGAGGAUUGACAGUGGAAAUCCCUCAGUACCAGAGCAGGGAGGGAGUGUGGGGAUGAGUCAAACACAGCACAGCCCCAGCUCCCCUGCAAGGGGAGAUGUGAGGGUGUUCUGCAUCACUCUCCUGCUCUCAAAGAAUACUGAAGUUCAGGGGAACAGUUUUCUCAGCUGCAUGUUAAACACUUUCCUCAUUAAGCUGUUUUCCCUUUCAGAGCUAGGAUGACUGAGGCAUGUAAGUGUUAGGGCAAAUUGGUGGUGAAAUAAUUCCAUUUAUGAACUGCACCGCUGAAGAGAGAAAAAGCAAAUUGGGCUCCAUGGGAAUGGCUGUAAUUGCACUGCAGGAACAAAGACACCAACCCUUGUCAGUCCUAGCAGGGAGAACUGAAGGCAAUAGAAACCAAGGGGGCUCAGGCUGGGAAACUGUGGGUGAUCCUGAAUCCAGCAUUGCAUGUUCCCUGUGAGGAAUUCAGUGUAGCUGCAGGACUCCCUCCCAUGUCCCUCCUGCUAAUGGGAACAAACAAGGGGCUGGGAAACCAGGGCUGGUCCUUAACUCAGACUGCAACAGCCCUGGCUCAGUCACAGCCUGAGCAACGUUUGUGGGAGCAGCCCUUCCAUCAACUGAGCUGCACAGAGCAGGAGAGAUUUAGGUAAGUCUAAAAGCUGAAAAUGAAAUGUCAGGUUCACUUAGCAGUUAAAAACAAUUUUGUAUGUGCCGUGUCACUGCUGGCAGAGUAGGCAGAGAUGUAUAAAAAAGGUUUCAUUGACAUUUAAAUAUAUUUCUAUAUGAAUGUCUCACAGAACAAAAAAAUAAAGUCUUUUCAUCACAAAUACUGCAGCAUUAAAAUAAACACUUACCAAAAUAAACAAUGAGUGAUAUACAUAUAUAUA